GACUCCAUGGCUGCUGAAGUUGCAGCUUUCCUGCUCACGCAGAAGCUUCAAAAUCUGCGAGAUGAUGACAUAAUCAUCUAUCCAAGGCUCAAACGAAAGAUCAACUCCUCCAUCUUCGCUCUGCAACAGCUCCUGAGCUCCUCCGACGACUCAGACGUCACCAGCUCUCGGGCCUUGCCCUUCAUUUACAGUGCCGAAGACACCUUCGACACGUACCUCCUAAGCAGAGCACAACAGCGACGCAAAGACUUCAUCGAGACAUACCCUUCGUUCCAGUACUUAGCUCCUCUAUGGAGCCAAAAGGACUUGGGCAAAGGGUUGAAGAAGUUCUUGAACGAUCUCAAAGCCUUGCGUUUUCACUCUUCCGAGCAGGUCAAUCCAGAAAGCAGAGUUCUUGGCAAGACCCAAGAAAAGGAUCGCUGUUUAGUGAAUGCAGGGCGGUUUGGUCGCUGGGAUUCGAUUGCUCAUCUUUUGGACAAGGAAUCAAACAUUGUUGGUCAGAUAUCAGACAUGGGCAAGAUGGUCUCGGAGUUGAUGAUGACUUCUGAAGGCGCACAAGGAGAAGAAGCUUUGAGAGUCGUAUCUGUUGUCGGCUCAGGAGGCUCAGGUAAGACAACGAUGGUGAGGCGUGUUUAUAACAGAGUGGAUGUGAAGAAGCACUUUGAGUGCUGUGCUUGGGUCCGUGUGUCCAGAGAAUUUGUGUUCAAGAACGUUGUUAUGAGCAUAAUAGAGCAGGUUAGCAUAAACAGGUUGAAUGAUGUGGACCACAUGAAUGAAGAAGUUCUUGUUGAGAAGCUUUUCAAGGAGCUGAUUGAUAAGAGGUACUUGAUUGUUUUGGAUGAUGUUUGUGAUGCUGAGGCUUGGCACCAGUUGACAAUCCCUUUUCCAGACUCGAAAAAUGGUAGUCGAGUGAUUCUCACUACAUGCGAUGAUAAAGUGGCGAGAUUGGCCGAUCCAUGGAACCUCCCGUCCCAGAUGUGCAGGUUAACUAAUGAGGAGAGAUGGGAAUUGCUAUUGAAGAAGAUGAAGGAACAUGAAGGUGGCCUAACUGAGUACAAGGACAAGAUCAUGGCAAAGCUCUGUCGUGGUUCACCUCUAGGAAUUGUUCUUCUGGGGGGGAUUCUUUUGAACACAGAACCGAGUGAAUGGGCCGGAAAAAUAGACAAAUUCCCAUCUUCUUGGCAAGAUGAACGGGCCUUGCGGGACAUCUUGGCCUUGAGCUACCAAGAACUGCCUCCUGAAUUGAAGGCUUGCUUUCUUUAUCUGGUUAUAUUUCCAAUAGCAUCCGACAUAUCAGUUCGGAGGUUACUGUGGUUAUGGCUUUCUGAGGGUUUCCUAGAUGGGUUGCCUGGCACAGAAAGAAAGGAGCGGGAACCCGAAGAUAUGGCAGAGUUAUACUUCCAAAGACUGGUUAGUAGAAACUUGAUCGAGGUCACAAAGUGGAAAUUAGAUGGAUGCCCAAAAAUGUGCCGAAUGCCAGGAGUGAUACAUGAAUUUUUCUUUCCGAAAUCAGUGGAUUUGGGUAUUCUUCACAUUGACGAGAACUCGAGCAGACCUCCUGAAAACUGUAAAGUUCGGCGCCUCAUGGAGUUUUUAAAAAAGCAGAACUCCCUGGAUUCUUUCAUUGAUCCCAGUCUCCGCUCUUAUACAUCUUUCAACUCCACAUCGAGGGGCACGGCCAAUAGGGACAUAGGUACGUUUCUCAUGAAUGUUAUUCAGAACGGAGGCUUUAGAUUGUUGAAGGUUCUCGACUUAGAAGGCGUGUACAAGCCUGUGCUUCCCGAGUCGAUGCGGAAUCUCCUGCUUCUACGAUUCCUGGGAUUGAGGUCAACUGUACUUGAUUCAAUCCCAUCUGCCAUCGGCCAGCUACCAUGCUUGGAGACAUUAGAUUUGAAGCACACUAAUGUCACCGCAAUCCCAAGUUCCAUUUGGGAGGCAAAAAGCCUCCGGCAUUUCUGCAUGAACGAGGUACACAUUGAUGCGUUUGUCCACAAACCAUCCAAGGGGUCUCUGACCAACCUCCAUACAUUGAAGGGGCUCUAUGUAGGUGACAAAAAGGCCGUGGUCAACGGACUCGAUCGAUUAGUGAAACUCCGAAAACUGGGGCUCACAUGCCACAAAGACUCUUUGAAAGCAGUAGCUAAGUGGAUCAAGCAGCUGACUAAUCUUCAAUCGCUGAAGCUGAGAUCGGUAGACAAGUUUGGUAAGCCAUCAAAGCUCGAGGGGAUAUCCAUGGCUCAACAUCUCAACCUAUGCAAUUUGUAUUUGCUUGGUUCGCUGCCUAUCCGUACCAACCAGCUCUCCAGAGUGCUCCCAUCGUGCCUCAGGAAACUCACACUGUCCAAGUCAAAACUGGUGGAAGAUCCGAUGGAGGUGCUGGGGCAGUUGAAAGACUUGACCAUCCUUAGGCUUUUUGCUCAUUCCUAUGUGGGAUCUCAGAUGACAUGUGUUAGCGGCGGAUUCCCUAAGCUACGCGUAUUGAAACUGUGGAUGCUUGAUGAACUUCAGCACUGGACCGUGCAGGACCAGGCUAUGCCUCUCCUUCAAGAACUAGAAAUCAGGCGAUGUAAGCAAUUGGAGAAUUCAGAUGUACUUGAGCAUUUGCCAAGCCUGAAUGAAGUUGUCUUAACCGAUAUGCCGCAGAGCUUUGUAGAGGAAGUCAGGAAGAGCAUUGCGAAUGAUGUGUUUCUUAAAGUGAAUGAUUGGAAAUUCUCUCAUUAG